AUGGCUCACUCCACCCUGCUCAAACAAGGCAAGAAGAUGGCAACGAAAGCCGCCUCCAAUGCAGUCAAAGAUGUGAUGAAUGACAACACCAAAAAGAAACGGAAAGGUUCGAAGGAUGCCAUUGGCAGAAAGGACGAUCCUAUUGAUGGAGUCGUCAGAGUGGCAGCCUCUGUUGUCGGGUUCGUUUCUGAAGUUGUCCACUACAGACGAGAGAGAAAAGGACCAGAGGGUGAAGAUCAGAGUCCUGAGCGUCGAAAGCCUCAGGUUGUGGCAACAACCACUCCCGAAAAGAUCAAUGAAGCAAUCUGGAAAAGAGAUGACACGGAGCAAAAGACAGAUGCACAAAUGGCAAACUCGAAAACUCUGAAGGAGCCCGGUGACUUGGCCGAGGCUUUCCUUAGAAGACAUCCAUACCAUCCUGCUAGAAGCAACAGACUCUCGAGCAUUGAGUUGCCAGUAGUGGUGCCUCAAAGACGCCCUAUGAAGCGAGCUCGGGGUUUUGUGCGGGCCUACACACCAGUUCUGGCAGACGCCAACAUCGACCAGGAGACUUUCCUUGACUUCAUCGACACGUUCAACAAGGCAUUGGAACCAAACCCAUACUUAUACGCCAUGAACUUAGCUGGGCUAGCAGGAAUGGCUACGCCAGAACCGUUUAUGCUCCUCGUCGGCGUUGCAGUCGCGUUUGCCACCGAUGCUACGAUGGAAGCACAGAGCCGCACCAAAUCCGGAAAGUUUCUCGACCGUAUCAAUGCUGAGUUUUUCAUGCCGCGCGGAUUGAUAUGCUUGGUAACAACUUGGAAACCUGAUGCGACUGGUGAUGACCAACUUUUGACGGCAGUCGAUUUUGAGGGAAGGUCUGUCACUGCCCCUCCACCAAAGUCAGACCUUGUGCAGAAGGUGAAAGAUAUGAGGCAGAAGACAUCAAGCGAUGAGAUUAUGAGGAGGCUCCAGAAGCAAGUUCAGGGAAGGAUGAAGCCUUCCAGCGGAGCCUUCCACUCAGCUCAGCCCGCGCCGCUCGUUUUCCCAUCCCCUGAAGAGACAUUAGCAGCAAUGAACACACAUACCAGUGGGAAGAGAAAGAACGCCAUUGACCGCGGGGAAAUUUGGCUAGAUGAUUACAUGGACAGGCGUGCGCAGGCCAAGUGGAAAGAAGAAAACUCCACCUUCAAUGUGGCCAAAUCUUUGCCAAAACCAGAAUUCCGAUCACGAUAUGCCGACCCAAAUCACCCGGCCGCAAGUGGAGAUAUUGUGGCAUUCGUGACUGGAGGUACUUGGUCUACUAAAGGCAAGGUCACUCCGCUAGGUGACAAACAGGUCCUCAGUGAUAAAGAGAACGUUGAGCCAACUGAGAAGAUUGGCUCAGAUAAGAAAAAAGAUAAGGAAGGCAAAAGCUCAAGUAAUGGAUGGACAAGUCUCUUCCAGAAGGAUGUAUUGUAUCUCGUCAUUGUUAACUUACCAUCGGAGCAAGAGAUCGCCGAUGUGAUGAGGAGAAUGUAG